CGGGAUACCACUGAUCCAACCCCCCGAUCACCCGGCCUCCCCCUUCCCUGGUGCCUGCAGAUCAAUGUUUUCUACCGGACAGCAAAGAAUUCGGCGUAAUCUGGCGUAUAGCCUCCAGCUCUAAUCCCUCCUCAUGACCCAAACUCCGCAGAUCACCCCAGAACAACCAAGUAGACCUCCACAACUAGAGCCCUAGUAUAGCCUCACUCACCCCACAAAUCCGAAACCAAGGAACCAAAACCCCCAGCCCAUAACCAACCAUGGACCUCCCCCUCCCCUUCAUCUUCGUGGACGGGGUAAGCAACGUCCGCACCCUAGGCGGCUACCCAACCCCCGAAUGCAACGAACCCCUCUCCAUCUCCACCCGCCAAGACUUCUUCUACCGCUGCGCCGACCUCAUCAAAGUCACCGACGCCGGACGCGCAACCCUCCAAUCCCUGGGAAUAACCGCCGUAUAUGACCUCCGCUCCCUGGACGAGGGCAAAAAGGCCCAAGACGCACACGGCCGCGCCGUGAUCACGGACCUAACCAACUCACCUCUGGGUCCCAAUAUCACGCGGCACGAAACCCCCAUCUUCGCCCAUGAGAAUUGGAGCCCCGAGGCCGCUGGCAUGCGGUAUCUUCGGUAUGCCCAACGGGAUGCCCCGCCUGGAGCCGGGUACGCGGAGGCGUACCGUGAGAUGCUGGAGCGGGGACAUGGGGCUAUCCGGAGGGUGCUCUUGCAUGUUCGGGAUCGGGCAGGGGAGCCGUUUGCUGUUCAUUGUAGUGCGGGUAAGGAUCGGACGGGGGUGGUCGUGGCCGUACUGAUGAAGUUGGCGGGUUGCGAGGAUGAGGUGGUGGCGCGGGAGUAUGCGUUGACGGAGGUAGGGUUGGGGUCUCGCAAGGCGUUUAUUGUGAAGUAUUUGUUAAGCAAGCCUGAGAUGCAAGGGUCGCAGGAGUUGGCGGAGAUGGUUGCUGGGGCGCCGUUUGAGAAUAUGUGGGAGACGCUGCAGAUGGUGAGGAGGGAUUAUGGGGGUAUGAGUGAGUACGUGAGGCGGUUUUGUGGGUUGACUGAGUCGGAUAUAGCUGUUAUACGGCGGAAUUUGACUUGCUCGGAUGCUCCUAGUCCUUGGGGAGAUGCUAUUUAGAUUUAACUAUGUUUUAUAACAUGAUCUGUGGAUAAAUGGUCCAUUUGUAUCCA